AUGAAAUCGCUUGAAGGCCGUGACGGCCGUAUGAAGCUUGUCGUGGAGGUUCUUGAGGAUCGUGGAGAUCCAACGGCAGCUGAAGGAGUAGACGGAGACGGCGAUGGGGUCUGGGCACCUGGUCGUUUAACAGCACACGGAUGCCUCAUAGAUGGUAUGACAGAGACCAACAUCCCUCGUGGUAUCUCAGAACGGGACGUCAUGUUUCACAAUCGAUUGGACACGGUUGUAUAUAUCGACCAGGAAAUGAUGCCGUACGUUCACAUGGUGCAGAGCUUCCACGUUGCCGACUCGGAAGACUUGGUGCUAGCCCAUAGCUCCAGAUGUUGUCGAAGUUCAUUCUUUUUGGGGAUGUAUCAGGCAACUGUCGCAGAGUGCCUGGUCCGAAGGCGUUGCGCGAAAGAGUCCGAUGAACAUCAGGAGACAGGAGACGCCUGGUAA